AUGAUCGACAGCCCGGGAGAGAGGCGCAAGGGGACUCACCAAGAGACACCAACAACAGAAGAGACUGGCAACAUGGGAAACGAUCCCAGCAAAGGGGGAGGACAGCCAAAGGGACCAAGCAACGCGGUUGGCAAGGGCACAGGCGACGUCCCUUACACGAGCUACUCGGUCGAUCGCAGCAAGAACUCGCAAGUGAAAGACAUUCGAGCACAAAAUGCGGAGGACAUCAUCACGGUGGUGGAGGUCAACUCGGGGCCACGAUCCAACGUCGAGCCCGAGCUCCAGGCCCUCGACCGAAUAGCUACGUUCGAGCCGCUGUUGAAGCAGUCCGGCUGGAUGUUCACCACCAACACAAAACCCCAGCCCGAGAUGAACCCGCAGGCGCUGCUCAAGCUGUGCGGCGAGUACCAGAGCUUCUGCCGCAAGAUCUCCACGGUGGUCUCCCAACAGCAGACGGUCCUGUGCACGCGCAUGCGGGCCAAGGAGGGACAGUCCCUGGAGGCCAGCCGCACGUUGCAGAGGCACCUCGGCGACGUGCGACAGUUCGAAAUGGCGUUCCGAGAUGUGGAGAAGAUACGGCUGCAGAUCAACACGACGAAGCAGCUGCUCAACCAGGUCAUCGCCAUGGCCGAGGAGGUCUGCGGCCAGCUGCCCCAGAGCUACCAACUGUCGCCCAUCCGAUCCUUCAUUGUCGAUCGAUCACAAGCGCCGCUGCACGCGCACACGGCCGACGGCGAACACGAAGAAGAAGGCGAGCGGCGACACGCGCAGCAGUCGGAAGGCGACGAGACCGAACAAAGCCAGCAAGGCCGCGACCACCACCGGGAGGAGGACAAGAAAGAGGAGGAGGAGGGGGGCGCCAUCGGUGACAAGGACGGGACGAGCGCGGCCGUGGCCGCGGCCAGUACGAGCAGCGCCCCCUCGGAACCCGCAGCUGGGGCAGAGGCCACGCCCGGCGCCGAGCCAGAGCCGGAGCCGGAGCCAGAGGCAGCACAGCCAGCUCUCGAACCCACUGCAGGCGAGCUUACGUCGUCAUCAUGA